CAAAAUCCAAAAACCUGAGACUACAAUGGCUGUCUCCAAAAUGUUCCUCUCUUGGUCUUGGGCGUUACAACGCUCACAGUCACACCCUGUUCAACUUCCCAAAACCUCGUCACGGUCUUCAGCGGUUGCCGUCACAGCAUCAGCAUCAGCAUCUGCGCGUGCAAUUGGAAUCGAUAACGAUGUUUCAGUUAAGAGUAUAUUAUACCCUGCACUCUCCCUUUCCAACAUUCUUCACUUCAAGUCAACCUACAACGUGCAGAUCGUGGUGGGCGAGGACGAGCCUGAGGACAGAAUCGUCAACCGCUUUAAGAAGGAGGUCCUCAAAGCCGGUGUGCUUCAGGAGUGCAGACGCAGAAGGUUCUUUGAGAACAAACACGACAAGAUCAAGAGGAAGGCCCGCGAAGCUUCUAGAAGGAACCGAAAGAGGAAGCCACAAUCAAGAGCUUGGGCACAGAAUAAACACGGUUCUGAAAAGAAGAAAAAGGAUGCUGAUGAUGAUGAUAUUGAUAAUUGGGAACUUCCACAUGUAGAUAUUCCAUAUACUUGAAGUUCUGAUACAGAAACAAACACAGAAGAAGAGAAAAUAUCACACUCUCUCUCCUAACUUCAAUGCCUUGUGGUGUAUAAUUUUUACUCCAGUCAACUACAGUUACAUCCUUCUAGGAAAGUGGAAAACAUUUGUUAAUUGUAUUUUAAUCUGAUGAUUGUACAGGCCUUCCUUGUGUCUUAGCUAGUUGGAUAAGAAGGUGACUUCAGAUGAGUGUUGUCUGAAAGCUGAUCAUAGCUGUUCAUAGUUCUCAAAUUUUACUUGUACCUAAUGUAGCUCAAAGUGUUUAUAUAGGACUCUUAAUCCAUGAAAAUGUAAAAUUUUCACCUUGGUGUCAGUCAUAUAUGUUGUUUGACACUGGACACGUUAAUCUUUGGAAAAAGGACUAAUUGAUUUUACA